AUGGCCAAAUUCUCCGUCUCACCAGCGACCCUGUCGCCUAUCCGAACAACGCUGUCAACAUCAUCAUAUUCACCAAGCCGCUUAUCCCUUGGCCAAGUCCGUCAUGCGACCUUCAUUCCCCGACCUCGUCGACCCUACACAUUUACCCAGCUCGUCACGCUGUCAGACGGCUCCGCAUACACCAUGCGAACUACCUCACCACUGCCCAUCUACCGCGCCGCCAAGGACACACGCAACACACUGCUGUGGCAGCCAUCCGAGAAGUCACUCAAGAACGUCGAGCUCGAUGAGGCUGGUAGAUUGGCUGCUUUCCGAGAGCGUUACGGCCGUGCCUACGAUGCCUCUAGCACCGAGGAAGGCGGAGAGAAUGCCGAGGCUGCCGAGGAUGCGGACGGAAGUUAUGCGGAUCUUAUCACUGGAUAUGCGCCAGCACAAGAUGCAAACACUAUGAGAGAUUCAGGUCCCAAGAAGCAGGCCAAGAAGAGAAAGUAA